GUUGGACCUGCCCUCCUUCCCGUCAUUCCAUGCGGAAACCGCCCAUCUGAAAAGUGUCCAAGCCACGAGCUGACUGUGAGGUGUGAGGUUUUCAUCCUGUGAUUAAGCCAGCAAAAAGAUAAAGCAGGGUAGGCCGCCGCAGUUAACGUUAAAGAGCACGAAGCUGACCCGGACGCCGCCAUGGCGAGCACCGACGACGAGGCGGUCAAGCUGGACCACCAGGAAGACGCCCGGAUGGAUUCGGGCAUCGACCUGCUCCGAUCAAUCAAUAAGGAUGAUCAGCCGCUGCGAUCGAACCCGGAGCAGGACGCCGAUAUGAAGGACAAGCUGUACAGUGUACCGGAGGACCGUGUGGACUCUGCCUACAGCUCCUCUAUGUCGGUGUCGGUGGAAAGUAUCACCGGCAUGAUGCAGGGUUACAGCAUUUCGGAGCAGCCGGGCGGAGAGGUGCUGGAGAUCACGGAGGGCGCCGAAGAGGAGUUGAGCCCCCUCGCUAUCAUCACCGACGACGGAGACACAAUCUUACAUCUAGCAAUAAUCCAUGAGAAAUUAGACUUUGCUGAGAAAUUGGUAGACCUUUUCCCUAAAGAGAUACUGGACAUUCAGAAUAAUUUAUACCAGACACCCCUCCACCUUGCUACUUACCUGGACCUACCAGCUGUGGUGCGGAGGCUGAUUCAGAAGGAGGCCAGCAUGGAGGUGCAGGACCAGGAUGGUAACAGCCCUCUCCAUGUGGCUUGUGAGCACGGCCGGAAGGACUGUGCCCAGGAGAUGGCUGCGGAGAUCCCUGGCCAUCAGCUCAAGAGAGUGCUGAAGAUGCAGAACUGGAGAGGUCUGACGUGUCUUCAUUUGGUGGUGCUGCGUCGAAACCCUCGUCUGAUGAAAUUCCUAAUAGGUGUUGGUGCAGACCUAAAUGUCCAGGAAGGGACAAGCGGGAAGACGCCACUGCAUUUGGCUGUGGAGCUGCAUGACAUGGCACUGGUGACCUUGCUGCUGAGUAAAGGUGCCAAUGUGGAUGCGGCCAUGUUCAACGGCUGCACCCCACUGCACCUGGCCGUUGGGAGGCAAGACGCCUCCAUAGCGACCCUCCUCUGCCAGUCUGGGGCUGACAGGAUGCUGAAGAACAUGGAGGACGAGACCGCGCUGGACCUCGCCGACGGCAACGACGACAUCUUGGCACUCUUCCCCUUCGAUGACAUCCAGAUUUCUGGCCGGUCCGUCGUCGGCAUGAAAUUCUGAGUGCGUGCGGCUGGUGAGGGGGUCGUUUAAAGGGUCAUUUUGUCCACAGGCAUCUUUGUCUGGAAUUAUAGCUGUUUGUCUGGUCUCCGUCAGUGUAACAAUGGGGUCCGGUUAUGAAACAUUGCAAAGUUUGAUACAUGUUCUGUACUAACAUACUAAACCUUCUUAAACAUCGGUUUUAUGAAAGAUGUCUGUAUAUUGUUACAUGAGCUGUACAUAAAGCUGAUGUUAACCUUUAUUUUUCAAAGGACUUCGCUAAUGAUGAGUAAACAUUUCUGCCCAAAAUUAAUGUCUGAUUUCUCAUGUGAAAUGGGGUCUCUGACCUGAUGCUACAGGCAAAAUGAAUGCAAAGGUAGCGUUCCGAUGUACCAAUCUGGGUUUAUUUGAUUUUAGGAUUAAGGUAUACAGUGUCCAUUGGUUUUUUCCCCCAAAAGUAAUUGACACUAAAAUCAUGACCUGACCAUAUCCAAAUUUUUCCCCUGAAUUGAAAUUUAAAGUAAAAAUCAGGUAAUGCGUGUUGAUUUAAGAACUAAAUGCAAAGCAGAUUUAUCGUUUAAUUUUUUUUCUGUUUUAAUAGAUUUGCUGGCUGUCUUGUAUUUUCCCCCCAUAUCGUAAUUUUGUUUACAUUUGUGGCCCAGAUUGAUGGCCGUUUACUUUAUACAUGAAAUAUUCUUGUGUUUUUUUUGUACAUUAAACGUUGUCAUCCUUU